AAACAUUUUACCUUAUAAUACUUUGUUCAGUUACUUAUUCCAUAUCCAUGUGUAGGAUAAUAAUAGGAACAAAACCUUUGUCUGCCUCUAAAAUAUACUCCAACUUUUUAUCCAUUUAAGGUGUCAAAGAAUCAACAACUCAAACUUCCUUAAACCUACCAAGAAAGGGUUGAGGAAUUAUCUCCAAUUAAUGGAAAGACUAAGCAAAGAACCAUGCAUCUUCUCUUCUCAAGAAACUCCUCCAAGUCCAAGCACACCUUUGCAAAAUCAACAUGAAAAGAAGAAACAACAAUCUAUUGAGGUAGAAGAAGAUAUCACUAAGGUAGAAACUUUAUUUGAUCUAAAUGUAUCUAGCAAUGAUUCUAAUCUCGAUUGUAAUAGUCAGCAAGAACCAGAACUUAAUCUUAUCACUUCUUUAGAUGUUGGUAAUUCAUUAUCACAAAACAAUAAUACUCUUGAUGUAGAACAAAGAGUUUUUUCUUGUAACUAUUGUCAUAGAAAAUUCUAUAGCUCACAAGCAUUAGGUGGACACCAAAAUGCUCACAAAAGAGAGAGAUCAAUAGCAAAAAGAGGACAAAGAUUUGGAACACAAAUAAUAGCUUCAGCUUCUGCUUUUGGAUUUCCUAUUUUGCAUAAUAAACAAAGUUAUGCAAACAUGGCUUCUUUACCUCUUUAUGGUGCUUUUGGUAAUAAACCUCUUGGAAUUCAAGCACACUCUAUGAUCCAUAAGCCUUCUCAUGUUUCAUCUAAUGGAUUUGGAAACUCUUAUGGGCAUCAUCAUCAUCAUGGUUGGUCAAACUCAAGAAUCUUUAUGGAUCAACAACCUGGGAUAGCAAAACUAGGUAUAGCUGAUUUUCAUAGAACAUCAACAUCAUCAAGAGGAAGUGUUGGUAGGUUUGAAGUGGUAGAUACUAUGAUGAAUUCUGCAGCUAAUAAAGAAAUGAAGCAGAAGCAACUUGAUUUAAACCUCAAGCUAUGAUUAUGAAUAUUGGUCAGUGUAGUUAAGAUUUUUGUGUGAAAUAGGAUUUGUGUAAAUUUUGUUUUAUUGGGAGGAUCAUAUAGUUAUUUUCUUGUUAUUCACUUGAAAAUUGUUUAACUCCAGUGUGGAGUGAUUUAUGAGCUGUAACUUUUAUGUUUCUUAUGUCUUUUUCUUCUACAAGAGAUAUUUUUUUGCUUA